UGCGUGCUUUUUAGCAUGUAAUGUUUAAUAUGAUUUUAUGUUUGGGGUGGAAUUUUGAGGAUAACUCCAAGGCAUUUUUUUUCUCUCCAUAAAGCUAAUCCCUUCUUCAGAGCACAGCUCAUUUUCAAGUGGCUGCUGUGGCUCUCCCCCACCCCUUCAGUGCGACAGCCUCAGAGCCCGUGGAGAGGCAGAGCGCAGGCAGCUGGAUAAAUUCGCAGACGUGGAAUUCCUGGAUCAAAUGGUCACCAAUUGUUUCAGCAUCAUUUAUUGAAUAAUCCACCUUCCUCCACUGAUUUGAAAUGACAAGAACUGUGCUCCCGCUAGAUAGGGGGUAGCUUUCCCCAGGUACUCGGAGCAUUAAAGCUGUCUGGAUUCCUGGAAUUUUCUAGAAUGGUGUAAGAGGGAAAUGAGGAGGAUGAAGAUGGAGAGUCAGUAGGAACGGGGAAGAGGGCUUCUUGCCAUGGAACAUUUGCCACCUAGUGACCAUUCUGAGUGGUGAUACUUGUUCUCGUCUUCUCAGCCUGGCAGCCUGCCCUUGACUCCUGAGUUCUGUGAGCCCUUCAAAACUGCAAGUCAUUCUCAAAAGAAAUUUGGGUUUACCUAGUGUGCACCUUUGAGAGUUUGGGAACAGUAUGCAAAUUCAAGUUACCCUCAUGUUUUCUCGCUAUCUGGUUUCUCUGCCUAUCGUUCCCUCUGCGCAUGUGUAGUCAUACAAAACAAUUUUUGGCCUUGUUAUUUGUCCUGUGAAUGUUGGCAUUUGCUUCUUAUACAGUAGAAAUUAGCGUUGUAUAUUUGUCAGUGAUAUAAAACUUUCAAUAACUGUAAGUCUAUAUAAGUUGGGUAAGAAUAUCAUCCAAGCAAAGAAAAGAACCAAGAAGGUAGAUGAUAGAAAUGCAAGAGAAGAGGAGAGGACAAGAAAGGUGGUGUCUCUAGCAAACAGAAUGAGGGGUCCUGAAAUGCUUGCUAAUGGGGAAACCAAGACCUCUGCGGGGCAUUUAUUUUGGUAUUAAUGAGUCAGUCAAGAAAAAUAAGAAAGCUAUUAGGGUCAGUGUGCCAAGGGGCACACUAGAAUCAUUAAGAAAAAUCAUACAUAACUCCAAAUGCCAAAAUAGAGAAAAUGAAAAGAGAUUUGUGUUUGUGGCUUCUAAAACAGAGAAGGCUGAAUGGGCCUCUUUGCCUCAUCUGCCAGCGAGCCUAGCAAAAAAUGCAAAUUUAAAUUUUGAUCGGGAUGGAAAAUUGUAACAUUCAUCGUGAGUAACGCGUGGUUGGACAGGUUUAAGAAACACCAGGGUGUGUAUGAAAAGAAGUGGCUGGCAGAGGAAGCCGACCGUGAAGCUGCCGCGGACUGUCCUGGAUACCCGAAGAAACUGAUGGAGAAAAAUCGCUAUUUGCCUGAAGAGGUCUUCAGUGCUGAUGAAACAGUCCUGUUCUAGAAGCGCAUGGCUACUUGCACAUUUAUUGCGAAGGAUGAGAAAAAGACCUGAGGCUUCGAGCCUGGAAAAGAUAAGCUCAAAGUUCUGCUUUGUUCCAGUGCUUCUGGUGACUUUCUGAUUAAACCGCUGUUGCUUCACAGAUUCCACAUUUCUUGCCCUCUUAAAAGAAAUUGCCAGAAACACUUUUCUGUGUACAUGAAGGGAAACCAUAAAAUAUGGAUCACUGAGAAAUUCCUGUUGGACUGGCUUUUGAAGUGUUUUGUUCCUGAGGUUAAACAGUAUUUAAACCCAAAACAUCUUGAAUUCGAGGUGUAACUGAUUCUGGACACGGCUCCCACUGACAAAAGCAUGAUCCUUGUAUUAAAGGCAGCUGUAUUCCCCCCAGUACAUCUCCACUCUUUCCACCCUUGCACCUGGGAGUGUAUUUGAUUGACUACCUGGCAAAUCUUACGAGAGAGACACCAGAAAUUACCGUGGAAAUAGCUUGGUAAAAUUUCUCCAUUUGUAACACUUUGAUACUAGUAGGAGAAUCAGUGAGAGAGAGAAAAUGAUCAACCCUUAACGGAGACUGGCAGCAACUUUGGAAUGAAGUUGUAAGUGAUUCUGAAGCUUUCCUUCCAGUGCCUGAAGAAAUUGAAAUUUUGGUAGCAUCUGCAGAACAUACGGGUGGUGACGGAUUCGAAGACAGUGAAUUAAGUGACGUUGCUGAACUGUUAGAUUCUCACCCUCAGAAGAUGGUUGAGAAAUAUUUCAGAGAUGGGAUCCCAUCAAAAGUUGAUGAAAGAUGUCAGCGUAGAUUACCUUCUAGAACUCAAAGAAUGUGGAAGCACCCACUCCGCAAAUCAAAUUGUCAUGGUGAUUCACAGGAAAGAGAUCCUUCGCUGGAAUAUUUAUUGACCUACAGGCAAGGCUCAAAUGAUUACUCACAACCUUAUAAAGCAGUAAUAAGAAACCUCCAAACAAAGGCCAGUAAGUGUUUUCUCUGCUUGCCUCAACAGGGAGAAGAGGCUGUACUACCGGGCUGUGUCACUCAAGCCCUUGCCCAAAAAAGCAGGCACAAGGGCCUCACACUGAUGCUUGAACCUGGGGAUUCAGACUCUGGCAGCUCUGAUGAUGAGUGAUGAUCCGUGUGCCGAAGAAUGAGAGUGAAGCAGGACACUGAGUUUACUCAGAUCCAGACAAAACCCUGUCACUGCUGUGAUGAUCAGCAUUUUCACUGAUGCAUGAUGUUUCUCACUUUGAGAUCAGAGAGAAAUAGAAAUUAAUUGCCCUGUCAUCACUAUGACUAAUGUAAAAUUAGUAAAAUGCCACCCGAAGUCACUUGACGUAGUGUUUUAUUUCAAUGAACUAACCAAUUGCCUGAGCUUUCAUAAUUAUUCCCUGCCCUGCCCCAGUUUCCCCCUAAACUCUUCAAUUCCUCCAACACACAUUCCCCUGGAAUGAGGGUUUCAGGAACUUGACUCUAGGACCUAAGGAGGGGGCUACUCUACUUGAUCGUAAAAUUUGAUUUUUGUACUCUUAAUCCUGAAGUUUAUAUUUUAUUCUGUUUAAGCUUAAGUUGCUCUCUCAACAGAAAGGAUCUAAAUCUUCUCCUUUUAAUUAGCCUGGUGCAAUUUAAUUUGUUUUCCAGCAACAGUAUAAGGUCCUGAAAGGCAUGGUUGGUCCCGGAAGGCAGUGCCUUUAUAAUGGGUUCCUGGAUUUACUUUGGUACCUAAUCAAGGAGGAGAAGCUGCUAGAGUUCAUUUCCAUCCAUCUUUUCUGUUGUCAUAUCUGGUCUUUCUGGUGAUUUGAAUGGUUGAAUAUUUUCCAGGAAAGGAAUAUGGAAACUUUGUCUUCCCUAAAGAUGGUAGAAACCCAAUAAUUUUCCCCCCAGCAUGGUGGUCUGGAAUGAUAGGGUACCUGUAUCUGAGUUUGAAGUGAUCAGAGUAAAGGAAAAAAAUACAAAAGUUAAGAGGGCUUGUGUGCGUAGUUACAGUGGAGAUUGCGUUCUUGAGCAUAUGUUCAAAAGAGGCACAUCAGAGUUGAAAACCCAUUACAGGUGAUAGGGAUCUAGUGACUUCACCACGGUGCCAGGGGAGCUUACAUUCCUCUCUAAGCCACAGCAGUUUUCAACACUGACUGCCCAUCAAAAUCAUUAUGGGGAGCUUCAGAAAAUACAGGUUACUGGGACCUGCCCUGGACAUGUUGAAUUAGGGAUGAGGCCUGUUGGGUCGGUCGCUGUUUCUUUUGAAAGCUCCUCAAGUGAUUUUUUUUUUUUUAAAUACAGCCUUGGCUGCAAACCCCUGCUCUAUGUCUCAACAUAAUUAUGGUAGACAAUGUAAUCCUAAUGGUUGUGGGCCUAAGGGCUAGGAGAUGUUAAUUCCAGGUUUCCGCUCUGCCACUCGCACAAUGGAUGGAAUUAUUCAAAUCACCCUACUUUUUAUCUGUCAAAUGAGAGAAGAGGCCCACUUGGUGUCGGAUAUCCUUCUAUCUCUGGCAUCGUUACCUUGAGAAAAAGGUGCAUCAACCUCAUUGGUUGAUUUUGAGAGUUCUAAGCCUUUUCACAGAGACCAAAGUAAGUAGUAGUAUUACUGUAUUGCAUUCUUACUAUUUUCAAAAUUGUUGUUGCGGUUCAAGCUCUACCAUGUUUUAAUCCCUCUCGGAAAAGAGAGUUAGGCAUUGAUGCCAUAGAAAAGAGGGAAACUGGAGUUCCCGUCAUGGCUCGAUGGUUAAUGAAUCCGACUAGGAACCAUGAGGUUGCAGGUUCCAUCCCUGGCCUCGCUCAAUGGAUUAAGGAUCCGGCAUUGCCAUGAGCUCCGAUUAGACUCCUAGCCUAGGAACCUCCAUAUGCCAUGGGUGUAGCCCUAGAAAAGGCAAAAAGACAAAACAAAAGAAAGAAAGAAAAAAGGGAAAACAAUAUAUCAAGUCCCUGAAAGGAAAGAUAGAGAGUACUUCCUGUGAGGUUUUUGUGUGUUUUCUUUCAAUGUGAUAUUGCUCUUUUUCUUCUGAGUUAUAGAGUCUGCAUUAGGUAUAGAAUGCAUAGAUAUUGAGUAAAGCACUUUAACAUUUGUAUCUAUUUUUUCAUAAACCAAAGCAGAGAACUCUGUGUUACUGUUUCAAGGUUCCAUGCAUAAUUGGUGUACUCUUAAUCAUACCUCAAGGUAAAUAUUUUUAAGUUAAUGAUGGUUUUACCAGCAUAAUCAGUACUUCUGUAUGCCUUUAAAGAAUGUGGUUUCCUGAUAAUUUUACCAUUUAUUGAGGUUAUUGUUUUGGUAACUUCUUCUGUCUUAAUUUGACCAGGAUUAGGGAAAUCACAUUUUAAAUUUAAUAGCAUCAACCAGGAACUGUUAAUAUAAAGUAAUACAAUGGGAAACUGACUAUUGUAUGAUUUUGGUUGUGGUAGGAAUGCCUAGACUUUGGCCUGAUAUAUGGAAACCUUUGUUUAGGGCCUAGGCCAUUCGAAAUAAAAUAUUGGGAUAAAUCUAAUUCUUAUUUAAGGCAAUAUUCAGUUACAAUAAUCUAAGAUGUAUCCUUGAUGAGAGUAAAAGAACAUUUUAAUAUGGUCGAGUUUAACAAGUCACCGAACCUAGAGGAGGAUGUGAAAGUUGGUGUAAGCUAAGUAGCAGAAAUGGAAGUUAAUAACCAUAGUACCAUGUACAAAGGUUUUUCUUUUUCCUUUUUAAAGUUAAGAAUAGUCUGCAAAAUUGAAAAACUGAAAUUUCUUUUAGUAUAUUUUAUACACAAUUUGAGUGGAAAGAAUCUCUGUGGUCAAAUGGUUCAGGUAAACUCUUGUAUCACUAUUAUGAAGUGCAGAGAAAUUUCCUCCUUUAUAGACGUAUUUAACACUGAGCAAAAGGAAAAAAGGGUAGAAAGGACAGCCCAGGUUGCUGAAAUUUGUAGAAAAUAUUAGAAAACUGGCAUUACAUUUAAAAAGAGCUUUUGUUUGCUUAAAAUCUUUUAGGAUCAAAAUGCAGAGAUGGCUUUUUAAACUACACAUUUGGAUUACAUAGCUGCUGGCUCCUGAAUGCUAAUAAAGGGCUUCUACAGCGCGUAUGGUCUAAAACCCUGCCUGGACCAUGUCUGUGUUGUGAAAGACAUUUCUCACUGAACUUUACAUAGUUUUAGUACCUUUCAGUGGCUUUUCAUGUCAGUUGUUAUGGUUGUUUUUCUAUGAAUUCAGAAAUAAACAUGGCGUGCUAUGAACAGAGUGUAUAUCUUCUCGGGAACCAUACAGUCAAAUAGAAAAUGGGUGAAAGGAUAGUAGUGCAAUUCAUUAGCAUGAAUAACCAAUAUUGAAAAACUAAACAUGAAUCUGUUGUGCUGGAGACAUUGCAUUUCAUCUUUCUUGCAUCACUCCUUAAAGCCAAGGACAUAAUUAACACAUCACUGCAAACACGUAGAGUCUGCUCUUGAUGAACUGGCAAUGGUACGAUGAGUGCCCUAAUGACAAGAACAUGGGGCUUUGAGUGAGGGCUUUGCUACUGGCUUCUUGUUUGCCCUGGGCUGGAAACUCCCUCUCUUUGGGUGAGUGGUACUUAGCCCUGGCAGUAUAACCCUUGGUCUCCUGGGAUGUGAGAAGCCAGCAUGAGGCCUAGGCUUUGGAAUCGGGCAGACCUGCCCUGCCUGGUUUCAAUCCUCCCCCUGCCAAUUACCAGCUAUAUAAUCGUGGCCAUGUUUGUUUUUAACCAUUUCGAACUUGGGUUUCUCAUCUGUAAAACAGGGCUGAAGAUACUUGCAUUAUGGGAUUGCUAUGAGAUUGUAUGAAAUGUUUAGUACAGUGCCUGGCACAUAGUAAAGUGCUCAGUAAAUUGUUGCUAUUGUUAUUAUUAUAACAUGAACAAGCAUGCUAGAAGUAGAAUAUGACAGUUUGCUCCCGUCUUUGCAGAAUUUUAAUAUUUUGAUAUUUUAUCUCAUUUCCCUCAAGAUAAGUUAUGCACGAUGGUUUCAAGAAGAGAGAAAGAAUAAAAAAUGAUGUUAAAUGUUUUUCUUUGUUUGCUUAUGAGUGAUACCAAAAACAGUAAUUCCUUCACCCAUGUUACUUGACCUGUACUUCCUUGACCUGGAGUGAUUUUAUAUUUAUAAUGUGGUUAUCAUUGCAUGAUAUUUAUCUAUGUAGCCACGAGAGGUAAGGACUUUUUCACACAGAUGUAGUCCUAUUCUUUAGAAAACGAUCCAUCCACUUGGUUCCACUCUUAAGAUAAUUAAGUUGCUCUGUGCUAAGGGGAGCCAAAGAUAAAGCUAUAUAGGACCUACUUUGCUUAAACCAUAAAGUUAUUAGCUCAGCUUCUUUUGAGAGAAAUUGGAUGUGUCAGUAAUCUUCCUAGGUGAGGACAAGACUAUUUCUCAUAACUAGCUUCUGAACUUCUCAAAUUUCAUGUAUGCUGCGACGGCAUUCAAGAAGUUUGAAAUAGUGGUAUUCAGAAGGCUGAGUAUUCAUCAUAACUCUAGCGCUGUAUCUGCUGAGCAAGAGAAGUGCACCACCUUAAUUUCACUGUAGUGGCCUCAUAAUUCACAUCCUAGUCCUUUAAGUGUUUUAACUUGCAGUCUCUGGUGUUCUGGUAUAUAUCUGGUAGUCUUUGGCAUUCAGUAUCUUGCCGCUUGACUAACUUUCCUUGUGCACAGUUCUGAUUCUGGCACGUCCUUGUUCAAAAAUCAUCAGUGGCUGUCCCUUGUGUAUAUAUUCCACUACUUAACCUUUAAAUCCAGGCCCAACCCCAGCAUACCUUGACCAGUUUUACCUGCCAGUGUUCUCUUUUAUGCAAUAUAUGUGACAGUGCCUGUCUUUCUUAGCACUAAAGAUCUUCAGCCCAUAGCUCAAUCUUGAUCUCUUAAGCUUGUCACUUAGUCUCUGAUGGCUAAGAUCAGAAAUCACCUGGAGCCAGAGUGUCUGAGAUGAGCCUAGCAAGCUGUCGUCACCUUCCUGUUCUCCAUCAUUGCAAAGAUCUGGAGUUGGCUCUUGAUUAAUUGGCAGUGGUAUGAGUUCCAUAAUGACAAGAACAUGAGACUUAGAGUGAGGGCUUUGCUACUGGCUUCUUGUCUGCCCUGGGCAGAGAACUCUCUCUCUUUGGGUGAGCGAUGCUUAGUCUUGGCAGGAUAACUCCAGUCUGUAGGGGUGAGUUUCUUGAAUUUUCAUUUUAAGCUUCCAACCUACUAAAUGAGGGCAUCCUCACUGAACCUUAUCCCCCUGGGCUGGGGCCUUGAAUGCUACCCACUUAAUUUGGGGUCUGAAUACAAAUCUCCUAUAUAAUUGAUUGGAGAGCUAAACUCCAUUCUUAGGUUCUUGCCAGUUUCAUGUCCUGAAUAUCAUCACAUACGUAAGUAUCUUUAUUUACUAUUGGGCUUCAAGUUGCUCUAUCCAUUCUUUUGCAUGUGAAUGCUCGCCUGGAAUGUACUUAAGUUUACCAUGCUCUAGAUUUGGCAUCUAGAGCUGCGCCUGACAAACUAAGACUCUUGGGCCAAACUGACUUCCGUAUUAUCUAUGGCUGCACUACAGUUGUAGAAUUGAGUAGUUGCAACAGAGACUGUAUGGCCUGACAAACUUUAAAUAUUUACUACCUGAUCCUUUACAGAAAACUUCUGCUGACCUCCCCCCCCCAUCUAAAGCCAAGUUGUUUUCCUGGCUAUGUCAUUUCUUAAUUCUUUGAUAAUUCCUCAUUCCCAUGCUGUUAAUCAAUACAUACCCGGAAUUCCAGUUCAUUGAGACUAUGAAGUAGGUUCCAACCCACCGAAGCUACUUACUUUCAAUUGAAUUUUCUUGCUUCCUCUUUGUCAUAUUCCUAAAAAGUCCUUUCCCUGUGUUCUACUUUUAGUGAAAGAGAUGCCAUAGUCAUAAAGACUAUUAGAGUAGUCUUAUGAUAUGUCUUUUAAUGUCACAUUAGGUCCUAAUAUGAAAGUCUUUUAACAUUUCCAGUAUUUUUCAACAUGACCUUCCAAUAGCUCUAAGAUUAGGCCUUUGAAUUCUUUAGUGUCUCUGUCAUCAGGUUGUCUGAGCUCUAUAUUUUCUGACAUAUCCAAUUGCCAUCUCUUCUAAAUGUUACAAUAUCUAUGUCUUUUACUCUCUGGCUUGCAGCAUGUCCAUUGCCAGUGUUUUCUAAUCGCCUCAAUAUUGGGGGUAAUUAAAAGUCUAGGUCUUCUUAUAUCUCCCCAAAUCAAUCAAUCAAGUCCCCAGUCUUGUUUUUCAGAGUCCAAAGUUAUAACUUCCAAUUUGUCUAUGUCCCAAUCCUCCAGUGUAUCCUAGAUACAGGUCUUCUGGAGUCCCUGUAUUUCAUUGUGUCCAAGUCUAGCUCUUCUAAUAUCUUACAGCACAUAGAUAGUUCAGUUCCUACAACUUACAGUGUCUCCUAAAUCCUCAUUUACAAUGUUUUGUCAUUAGAAGUUCCUGUGAUGCCCAAGUCUUUCAAUAUCUCUAAGAACUUGGUCUUCUAACAUUCAACAUCCCCAAUGUCUCAAUAGCUAUGUCUCUUAAUAUCCUGAUCUUUUAAUUUUCAGGGCUGUCAACAUCCUUGACUUCCAGAAACAAGAAAAUUACAUCUUCUAAAAACUCUUUUUAACAUGAAAAUAUCAAUAUCCAGGUUUUCCAGUGUCUCCCAAUAUACAGGGCUUCUGAUUUUAAGGUUUCUAAAUGUUUCGAUCGUCUCUUGUUCAUAUCUUCCAAUAUUUAGGGCUUUUAAGGUAAAGGACUUGCAGUGUCUCUAGUGUUCAGGACCUCCAGCACCCAAGCCUUUCAAUAUCCAUUAAUUUUGACACCCAGGGCCCCCAAAGUCUCCAGUGUGUAGAAUAUCAAAUGUCCUCAAAAUCUAGGGCUUCCACUGUCUCCAACAUCCUGUGCUUCCAAUGUCUCCAAUAUCCAGGGUUUCUGAUGGCGCCAGUGUCAAGGUCUUCCAGUGACUCCAGGUCUUCCAGCAAUUCCAAGUCUUCCAACAACAUCAAGGUCUUCCAGCUAACCCAGUCUUCCAGAAAUCUAUGUCUUCCGGACAAUCCAUGUCUUCCAGGAAAUCCAGUCUUCCAGCAAUUAUAUGUCUUCCACAAAAUCCAUAGCUUCCAGGAAAAUCCACGUCUUCCAGAAAAUCCAUGUCUUCCAACAAUUUCAAGGUCUUCCAGCCAAUCCACGUCUUCCAGAAAAAUCUAUGUCUUCCGCCAAAUCUAAGUCUUCCAGCUAAUUUACGUCUUCCAGAAAAAUCCAAGUCUUCCAGCCAAUCUCUGUCUUCCAGAAAGAAAUCCAGGUCUUCCACUCAGUCCAUGUCUUCCGGAGAAAUCUGUGUCUUCCAGAAAAAUCCAGGUCUUCCAACCAACCCACGUCUUCCAUCAAAUCCAGUCUUCCAGUGCAUUUAUGUCUUCCAGACAAAAAUCUAUGUCUUCCACUGAAUCCAGGUCUUCCGGUAAAUCUACGUCUUCCAGAAAAUUCAUGUCUUCCACUAAAUUCAGGUCUUCCAGCAAAUUUAUGUCUUCCUAGAGAUUGUCUUCCAGAAAAAUUCAUGUCUUCCAGCAAAUCUGUGUCUUCCAAAUAAUCCAGGUCUUCCGGACAAUUCGGGUCUUCCUGAAAAUCCAUGUCUUCCAGAAAAGCCAUGUCUUCCAGGAAAUCCAUGUCUUCCAAUGACCUCCAAGUCUUCCAGAAAAUCCAUGUCUUCCAUCAAAUUCACGUCUUCCAUCAAACCCACGUCUUCCAGAAAAUCCACGUCUUCCAUCAAAUCCAUGUCUUCCAGAAAAUCCACGUCUUCCAAGAAAUACGUCUUCCAUCAAAUUCAUGUCUUCCAGCCUACCCAUGUCUUCCAGAAGAUCCAAGUCUUCCAACAAAGUCACGUCUUCCAAAAAAUCCAUGUCUUCCAACAAAGGUGCAUCUUCCAGAAAAUCCAUGUCUUCCAACAAACCUGUGUCUUCCAGAAAAUCCAUGUCUUCCCACAAAACCAUGUCUUCCAGAAAAUCCACGUCUUCCAAGAAGGGUGCGUCUUCCGGAAAAUCCACGUCUUCCAACAAAGGGUGCGUCUUCCGGAAAAUCCACGUCUUCCAACAAAGGGUGCGUCUUCCGGAAAAUCCACGUCUUCCAACAAAGGGUGCGUCUUCCGGAAAAUCCACGUCUUCCAACAAAGGGUGCGUCUUCCGGAAAAUCCACGUCUUCCAACAAAGGGUGCGUCUUCCGGAAAAUCCACGUCUUCCAACAAGGUGCGUCUUCCAACAAAGGGUGCGUCUUCCAGAAAAUCCAUGUCUUCCAACAGUGCCAUGUCUUCCAGAAAAUCCAUGUCUUCCUACACCUCCAGGUCUUCCAGCAUCUCCAGGGCUUCCAGCAUCUGCUCGUCUUCCAGCAUCUCCUCGUCUUCCAGCAUCUCCUCGUCUUCCAGCAUCUCCACGUCUUCCAGCAUCUUCAUGUCUUCCAACAACAACUCAGUCUUCCAAAAGUAGGCUCAAUAUCCACGUCUUCCAAUGUCUCCAGUGUACUGGUCUUCUAACAUUCAGGUCUUCUGGUGUCUACGAUAUCCAGGUCCCCAGUGCCACAGGCCCCUAACAGGAAGGCAGGGCUGGACUCUUGGCCCAGAUUGGGGGCAGUGAUGACAGGAGCAAAAGCAACAAUAGUGAUGGCAGUGGCUGUGGAUCAGGAGGAGAGAUUGGACUGCACAUGGGGCCUGUGGGAUCCCAUCUCCCACCAUCCUGCUUGCACUUCUACCUGCUGCCUCCAACAAGAGUCAUCAUGCCCCACUCUCCAAAGCGUCCACGCCUCACAUUUGAGCCAGGCUUUCAGACCCUAAGUGAGAUAGAGAGCUUGCUGGUAACACAGAUUCCCACAGCUGAGGAGGAAGAUACCACCUCCAUUUCCUCUUGCUCUUUCACCUUCUCUUACCCCUCCACCUCCCCCCCUUCCUCUCCUCUGAUCCCGGGCAUGCUAGAGGAGAAGCAGGAGCAAGAGGAACAGGAACAGCAGGAGGAACAGGAGCCGGAGCAGGAGCCUGCCACUGUGAUGCUGGGUCCUCCCCAGAGUCCCCAGAACUCCUCCUCCACAUCAUGGAGCACAUCAGAUGGAGGUUGGAGCAGCCAAGAAGAGAAGGACACAUACUUUGUUCAGGCCUCAGCAGGCACCGAAUCCUUGCCCAGAGAUCUGCUAGAUGGGAAGGUGGCUGAUUUGGUGCAUUUCAUGAUCCUUAAGUAUCGACUGAAGGAGCCCAUCACAAAGGCAGAAAUGCUAAAGGUUGUCAUAAAGAGGUACAAAAGCCAAUUCCCCAUGAUCUUCAAGAAAGCUUCUAAGUGCCUAGAGGUGAUCUCUGGCAUUGAUGUGAAGGAAGUGGACCCCCAAAUCCACUCCUAUGUCCUUGUCAACUCGCUAGACCUCACCCAUGAUGAGAUGCUUAGUGAUGACCAGAGCAUGCCUAAAAAUGGUCUCCUGAUAAUUAUCCUGGGUGUAAUCUUCAUAGAGGGCAACUGUGCUCCCGAGGAAAGCAUCUGGGAUUUCUUGAAUAUAAUAGGAGUGUAUGCUGGAAGAGAGCACUUCAUUUAUGGGGAGCCCAGGAAACUCAUCACCAGAGAUUGGGUGCAGGAGAAUUAUCUGGAGUACCGGAAGGUGCCUAAUAGUGAUCCUCCACUGUACGAAUUCCUGUGGGGUAAAAGGGCCCAUGCUGAAACCAGCAAGGUGAAAGUUAUGGAAUUUUUGGCCAAGAUCAAAGGGACUGACCCUAUUUCCUUCUCAUUCUGGUAUGAGGUGGCUUUAAGAGAUGAGGAAGAGAGAACUGGGGCCAUAAAUGGCCACGUAGAUAGUAAUACUGGCAUGUUCAUUGUGCAGCAUUGCUCAGCAGCUUCUCCCCAACCGAAGAAUGAGCCUAAAUCUUCACUCUGUGUUUGGAGAAGGCAGUCAGGGUUCUAAGUAGAGGAGGGUCAGGGUGAGGCUGGGAAGAAUACUCUGCUACAACUUCGAGUUCUGUUCUGUAUGGGCGACUUGAAAGUUUAUUUUUUGAUAUUUUUCAAAUGCUCUUCCUUUUAAUAGGCUUAUUAGCUUUAUAAUAUGUUGAUGAAUGAUAUUGGUCACUCACUUAUUGCUAAAUAUUUAUAAGAUUUAAGAAUAAGAAUUUUGAUGGUUUGCAAAACAUAUUGGGAGACCUUCCGUCUUAUUUGGUGAUCUGGAAAAAAGAUAACAUGACAUUGGUGUAGGAAUUUCCUUGGAAAUGUGAAAGAAUUCAGCAGACCAUACAGAAAAAUAUGUAAAAGGUGGUUCAUUUUUGGAUUCCCUUAACCACUUUAGUCUCUUGUUCUGUAAAAAUAAAAAUAUACAUACCUGGAUUUACUUGGUUUAUUCAAGGAAGUAAGAGUAAUCUAAACAAACCCUAAUUUUUGGAUUCCCAUAACCACCUUAAUGAAUUGUUCUGUAAUGUUAAAAUAUAUACCUGGACUUGCCUGGCUUAUUCAAGAAAGUAGGAGUAAUCUUAACAAAUCUUAAUAAAUAAAAGACUCUGCUCACUGACUCAUUUAUUCAUCAAGUAUUAAUUGGAUAUUUUCUCUUUGGAAAGCACUAUGUUAAUAGUGGAAAUUCUAAGAUAAGCAAGACACACCCAUACCCAUUGACGGGUAGAGGUUAGAAGCAGCGGUCAUAUCAAGAAGAUGGUGAGAAGUCCUCCAUUACCUUAAGAACAAGUAACAAAAGAGUGAUGAGGUGAAACUCCAGAUGUGAGCAGUCAAGUAGAAAUGCCCUGAGCUAGCGCAGUUUGGGGCUUUGGGAAACUGCAACUCCUUCUAGGGGAGUUGAUUAUAGUUAAGCUUUGGUUGGUGGCAGGGGCCAGAAUUUGUGUUUUAGAGGUGAGAAAAGAACCUGGAAUAGAAAAUUGCUUAGUAGUUACUUUUUGAUAAGGAAAAGCCAGAGGGAAAUCUCCACCUGGGGCGGAUAUGAAAGGUGCCCUGAGCUCUUGUCCCAGUGCAGUUAGUACCGUGCAUGAAGGUGUUCUAUGCAUAUUAUCUGCAGUGACUUUUUGAGAGUAAGGUAAUACUCUCUUGAGGUGGUACCCAGAAGCUACUAGGCUGGCUUCUCCCUGGCUUAAGAGAGCCAGAGCCUGCUCUGUUAAAAUCAUAUUAAAGGUAGGUUAUCUUGAGUAUAAUUAGGCCAAAUCUAAGCAAGGUCUAGGCUUUGGUGACAGUGAAAUGAAUGAAAAUAGUGUUUUGGAUGGAUGAGUGGCUGGAAGGGAAGAAAGGAGUUAGUCUUUGAUUUAAAUUCUAGGAGCUUUAAGUUAUAUCAACUGGAGAAGACUAACUGAUAUCCCCAAAUUAGCAUAUCUUCUUAAGAGGAAAAAUUUAACGAAUUUUGUGAGGCAGCAUUUUUGCCCAAUUUGACUGAGCUGUGUAUUAUUUGAGACGUCCAAGAUUAAAACAAAAUCCCAGAGGGGAGGGCAGUAAAGUCUGGGAACAAAAUAAUAUUAGAAAUAGCUGCCAUUCAUUAAAGAUCUAAUAAAUCCCAGGCACUGUGCCAGAUGCUUUUCUUUAUGUACAUUCCAGUAGCCCUACAAAACAGGGCUUAUCAAACUCACUUUACAGAGGAUGAAUCUGAGGUUCAUGGUGCUUGUAAUUUCCCCAAGAUUAUGUUGCUAGUAAGUGACGGAGCUGAGACUAGACUAUGGUUCUGAAUUCAGCUAGGGCUCAUGUUGUUCCCACGCCUCUUAGUCUGAGGCAGGUCUGUCCUAUUCAAUUUCUCUUCUCAGUACUUUAUAAUAUCUUUCAGGUGACAAAAAAGGACUAUGUGACAAGCUACUAAAAGCAGGUCUAGAGAAGGAAGAAAAAAAUGCAAACCCCCAAAACAUAGUUUGGGGUUGUCUGAGCUUUGUUUCUAGGCUCCGCCUGCUUAGAACCCUAGGAUACCCUAAUAGCUAACUCUACCCAGGAGCUGACAUUUGUGUCCAAUCCUAGCAAUAUCCUGAAUUAUAGCACCCUCCCCCGAUCUUCCCCAGUGUGCUAACCUGUCCAACUCUGGAACCUGGCCUGCUGGACAGCUCCUCAUUCUCCUCCUCUGAAGGCUAUGCCCUACUCCCAGUGGACAACCCGGAACCACCUGACUUCCCCUUAACAUAGAACAUGACCACUCCCUGCAAAAGUCUCCUGACUCUUCCAUCUGCCACUCUGGCACCCUGAUAGCAGCAGCCUCUUCAAUCUAAAAGUUCUAUUUGGGGAAUUCCUGUUGUGGCGC